AUGGCGAAGGCAACAGUGGAAGACUCAACGGCCCAGAUAGAAACAUCAUCUGUUCCAGACAAGUCGAAGCGAAAGCGACGCAGGGAAGAAACAUUAAACACAAACAUUGAAUCAACCAACGAACCACGAAAAAAGAAACGCAAAAAGUCUGGAGCAACCGCAGAACCGACAAAUGCAGCCAGUCCUCCAGCCGACGAAACAAGACAGAAAAAGAAAAAGAGAAAUAAAACUGGCUUUCCCGAUCCGUCAGAGGACGCUGCCUUGUCUGAAGGUGCUUGCAAAGCAUUGUCCUAUGCAUUCUUGCAAGCCCGGAAACCCAAGAAAUGGAAGUUCUCCAAGGCUCGUCAGAAUUGGUUAAUUCGCAAUUAUUGGUCUGAGAGUGCAAUACCCGAUAACCACAGUGCCCUUACUGUACAAUAUUUGUCUCAUGUGCAAGGGGGAGUGAGAGAGAAAUUACUGGAAGAAUGUCGAAAGAAAAUUAACGAGAGUACUGAAAGCCAAUCGCUUCCUCCCGGCAGCUCAUCACCACUGGCGUUUCCCAGCUCCUCUCCUAACAAGAAUGCACGUGGAAAGGCGAAUUUCAGUUCAGAUGCGCCGUUCGAUUCCGAUCCUCUUGAUUUUCCUUCGUUCGUCAUUAACCCUCCUUCUGUCCAUUCUCCAUCUAACCCUAAUAGGAGCCCUACAAAACCUGUCACUCCCAGGAAUCGUCGUGGCGAUAUUCAUUCAUCUUUCUCUGUCACCCCAACAUCUGCCAACCGGCGGCAACGUCCAAACCCAGAUGGGCCCGCAAGUCGUCCCCCCUCCUCAGCCAUCGGAGCUCCUGGAUCUGGUCUACCACUUUCUGCACCAAAUGUGACCUCCGAUGGGCCAGACGAAAUUCGUGCCGUAUGGGGUACCACAGUCAAUCUAUCAGAGACCAUGAAGCUUUUUCGUGACUUUCUCAUUGGAUUCAAACCAAAGUAUCGCCAUGCAUAUGCUCGGUCCUUGAACCUUCCCACAAAACCCUUCGCCAACCCUGCAGAUGGGGAGGCUCUGCUAUAUGAAACAUAUCUUCGUCAAAUGCGACAAACGGGCGAGACGAAUCUCAAUUUAGACGUUGUCAACUUACUGGCAUAUCCUCAAGCCAAAAAACUUCACAACCAGCUGAUCAAGUAUCCGCAAGAAAUUGUUCCCGUUAUGGACCAGGUUUUGAAAAAUGUCAUGCUUGAUCUUGCCGAAGAGGAUCGAAGGGCUGGGGUCGAUGGGAUGGAAGGUGCGCAAGGGAUGGAAGAAAUAUCAGAAAUCAUGAACAAGAUAUACAAAAUUCGACCUUUCGGACUUCCUUCUGUCAAUAUGCGAGAGCUUAAUCCCACAGGCAAGCAUUCUUCACCUUAUACUGACAAACUUGUCGCUAUUAACGGGCUUGUCAUCAGGACCACGCCCAUUAUUCCUGACAUGAAGAACGCUUUCUUCCGCUGCCUCACGUGUCUCCACACCACUCAGGUCGAGCUAGAUCGAGGCAAAAUCGCCGAACCAACUGUCUGUCCUCGUGAUGUUUGCGCCGCACCAGGCAAUAUGUCGCUCAUUCACAACCGCUGCACUUUCGCGGACCGUCAAGUGAUCCGUCUCCAAGAAACACCGGAUGCUGUCCCCGAUGGCCAAACUCCUCAUACCGUUAGCUUGAGUGUCUACGAUGAGCUGGUCGAUGUUGCAAAGCCUGGUGAUCGCCUGGUCGUCACCGGGAUCUUCCGAAUCUUUUCAAAACAUAUCUCGAUGUUGUCCAUAUCCGACUUAUCGGCGGGAGCGGGGGGCAAGGACGGUGUCCUCGCCUUUGAUCGGACCACGCGCACAACAGGCGACCGGGUCCCUGGUAUCGGUGGUGUUGGUGAUACGGAAAGUGGAAUCGGCGAACUCGACAGCGAUGGCGAAAGGGUCCGCAACCUCGAACUUGAGGAUAAGAUUCGCCAGCUUAGUGGUCGCGAAGACAUCUACGACCUAUUAUCUCGCUCACUCGCUCCGAGUAUAUGGCAAAUGGAGGAUGUAAAGAAGGGUAUUUUGCUUCAGUUAUUCGGUGGCACAAACAAGAGCAUCGAGCGUGGAGGCGGGGCAGGUGGACCCCGGUAUCGUGGUGAUAUAAAUGUGUUGUUGGUCGGGGAUCCUGGAACAGCAAAAUCCCAGAUGUUGGGCUAUGUCCAUAAAAUAGCACCUCGAGGUGUCUACACGUCUGGCAAGGGCUCGUCUGCUGUUGGUCUGACUGCAUAUGUCACUCGGGACCCAGACUCAAAGCAGCUUGUGCUUGAAAGUGGUGCAUUGGUGCUAAGUGACGGCGGAGUCUGCUGCAUCGACGAGUUCGACAAAAUGUCCGAUGCUACUCGCAGUGUUUUGCAUGAAGUGAUGGAGCAGCAAACUGUGUCCAUAGCGAAAGCGGGAAUUAUCACUACUCUCAACGCUCGGACAUCUAUUCUCGCUGGUGCCAAUCCCGUGGGCUCAAAAUACGACGUCGAUCAACCCAUCACCAAAAACAUUGACCUCCCCCCAACUUUAAUCUCGCGUUUCGAUUUGCUCUAUCUGGUGCUGGAUCAGGUUGACGAGAGUCUGGACCGACGAUUAGCGCAGCAUCUUGUUGGAUUGUAUCUUGAGGACACGCCUGACCGGCCUGGUGUCACAGAUUACUUGCCUUUGACGGAGGUUUCUGCCUAUAUUUCGUAUGCACGUGCCCGUGUCAAUCCGGUGAUCACGGAGGCCGCAAGUGACGAGUUGGUGCGAGCCUAUGUCGAGAUGCGCAACAUGGGUACCGACGUGGGGGCUUCGGAAAAGCGGAUAACAGCGACGACGCGUCAGCUGGAAAGCCUUAUCCGUCUCUCAGAGGCACACGCUCGGAUGCGGCUGAGCGAAUUUGUCGAGUUGGAAGACGUACUGGAGGCUGGUCGGUUGAUGCGAGAAGCAAUUCGAACUAGCGCAAUGGACCCACGAACAGGCAAGAUCGAUAUGGGCCUGCUGAACACCGGGACUGCGACUGGCCAACGGCGUCUGAGAGAAGAUAUGCGACGUGGAAUAUUGAGCAUGCUCGACACAACUGCUGGAGCGAAGGAACGGGGCAUAAAAUGGGGCGAUGCGGUCAAGGCAUUGGGCGAGCAAAGCAGCGUCAGGAUCGACUCAUCAGAAUUUGCUAUUGUUAUCUCAACAUUGGAGAACGAAGGCUUGGUAAAGGUCAUCGGGGAGAGGGACAGACGAGUGAUUCGGAGAAUCGAAGGCUGA